AACCGCCGCAGGUUGUGCAUUCUCGCGCGCACUCGUAUUCUGUCAUGAUUGCAGCUGAUGGGUCAGAGCAAGUCGCGCGUCGCUGAGGAAACUUCGAGGAAACUCUCACACUACGAGAAAGCCAUCGUCGACGCCAUCUUACUAAACGACUUCAUUCUACUGGAGAAACUGCUGCUCGAAAGCGGCGUCAACGUCAAUUCUCUCGCAGACGCGAACGCUGAGACGCUUCUAUGCAUUUCAUGUCGCCUACAGUAUCAUAGAUGUACUACCAAGCUACUAAAAUUCGGUGCCGACCCGAACAAGGAGUCGUCUUCAAGCUCUAACUUGCCCUACCCGAUACUGUCGGCAUCCAAAUACGGGGACUUGAAGUCGGUGUCUGCUCUGAUUGAGCACAAGGCAGUGGCUGGUGUGAAGGAUCAGAUCACGGGACGCACGGCGUUGCAUUUCGCUUGCGAGUUCGGACAUGAUGGGAUUGUUGAUGUUUUGCUAACGACAGCGAGGAGAGGAAUUAACGUGAAUGAUUUGGAUGCCAGUGGGUUGUCGCCCUUGCAUGUUGGUAGUCACGUGGGGCCGAAUCAGAGGCAGACGGUGAGGAGAGCAAAGUGUGUGUAUCGACUGGCGAGGAUGCCUGGUGUCGACUUAGAUCAGCAGAAUCGGGAGGGUGAGGCAGCACUGCAUGUUGCCGCUCGGACAGGAAACGAGUUGGCGACUGCGAUUUUGUUGAGAAAAGGAGCCGAUCCGACAGUUGAUCAUCACUAUCGACGUGAUGAGGUUAGGUCGUAUCCGACAAGAAGCAACAGCUUCAGUCGGCACAAAAUGGGGAGAAAUUAUAAUAGUAAACCUCGAGUUCGAGUCAUUGCUUUCUCUGGUACGCCAGACAUGACGGCCAAGAUGGCCGGUCACAUCACGUUGAGCAACUUGAUCGGCGAGUCUCGAGCUUUGCGUGUGAUGCGUCAGGAUGCCAUCGUUCCGCCGCUCGAAAUGCUCUGCAGAGUGGCCAUUCAAAAUUUUAUGACAAUGCAGUUCAAACCGAUCAGCUUAUUGAAAUCAAUCGUAUUCAAGGGAAUGAAGAAGGAGCUGGUCGACUUCGUUUCGUAUAGAACGCUCGUCAUUUGUCCAAACACGACUGUAAAAGUCCAUGAAGCACUCGGUAGUGAGAUCAGUCAUUUCCUUCAUGAUCAGACACGCGUGCCUGCCAGUGAUGCUUCUGAUGAUCAAAAUGGUGUAGAAGUUGGAUCCCCGAGGAUGGACGAUGACACGAUGCCUAGCAAUCUGAAGAUAUCUCGUCAGCUGUCGACAUCAACUCGGGCAGUCGUUGAGGCAUUAUUGUCAUCAGAGAAACGUCCGGCUUCUGGACAGUAUGAAAACUCAGAUAGUAAAUCAUUUGACCUUCCGCCGAUCCAACGAUUUGGCUCAGAACCGGCACUGUUGACUCUAGAGACUGGAGACACACGUUUGUAGCAGGAGAACACGACUGUCGUAUCACACAUCUUACUCUCAUUGAUUUGUAAUCGUUUUAGUAACGAAUUGGUUUUGGAC